AUGUCUACCACUACAGUGACUUAUACAGAGGACAAAGAUGGGAACCAGUUUCCUCUACCUCUCACGAAGACCGCACUAUUGUCUCCUCGAGGGUUUACGUUCUUCAACAACCGAACGGGACACUUUCCCGGACAGUUGGAACCUAUCCGAAAAGUUAGAUAUCCAAGAUUCGAAACAUUCGAGAAAGAACGAGCGUUUCGUAAAUUACACCAUGCAGCGGCCUUGAGAUGGCUUGGUUCUCAGGGAUAUGGCAAUGAAGGUGCUGGUGGCCACAUGACAGUUCGCGAUCCAGAGCUGGAGGAUCACUUCUGGAUCAAUCCCUUCGCUAGGAGUUUUCAUCAUCUGACACCUGAUGAUCUUGUCCUGGUCAAUGAUAAGGGUAUUGUAGUUGGUGGCAACAUGCAUUGUGUCAAUCCAGCAGGCUACUUUAUCCAUUCCGCAAUUCACAGAGCUCGCCCAGACGUCCAUGCAGUUGUGCAUAUGCAUACCAUCGCAGGUAAAGCCUUUUCGGCCUUUGGGAAAGAACUUCCCAUGUGGAAUCAGGAUUGCUGCCAAUUUUUUGAAGCACAAACAGUCUUUCCUGCUUUUGAUGGAUUUGUUCUGGCUGCAGAUGAAGGGGAUGCAAUCGCAAAGGCUUUGGGGCCUACAAAUAAGGCAAUCAUCUUGCAAAAUCAUGGCUUGUUAGUCGUGGGUAGAUCACCUGAUGGUGCUGCCUUCACUUUCGGUGCUUUGGAACGCUGCAUCGAAGCUCAAUUCAAGACUGAGAGCUUGUCUCAACUGACCGGCUUCAACCCAACCCUAGUCACUCCCGAUAUGGCUAGAGGAGUGAAGAAAUACUACGUGGAUGAGUUCCAGUAUCUCACAUUUCAGCCUGCCUUCGAAGACAUGGUGCGUGCUUCAAACGGAGUUUUGCCCAUGGAGACUGAUGGAGAGAUUUAUCCUGAUUGGGAUGCUCCCUGA